CAGUGGAAGAGAAUUCUUUCUCUAUAAGAGACCUGGACAAGAAGCUGUUCUGUCCUGUACCACUGAAUCAUCCUCCCCCCCAACAUGCUCCAUGGUUACAUGGCUUUACAACCAUAUUCAAGAUGAGACUCUCACUGAGGUCUGGAAUGGAAAUGUUAGACAGAUCUCAGCCCAAGCUGCCAGGCUGAGUGUGAACACUGACUGCUCUUUGGUCAUUAAUAACAUCACUGCUGAGGAUGCUGGUCAAUACACCUGUCGGCAGGGUAGAGACCCUAAUACAGAUGUACAUACAUAUCUAAGUGUUCUGACAAUCUCUCCAUCUCCACCAGACGCUGAUCCAAAGAGGGACGGUCAAGUCACAUUAGAGUGCUCUCUGUUUAGAAUAAGAGGCCAUCCUUAUCUAAAGAAUAGCAUCCGCUGGGUGGAUGAGACAGGAGCUGAGCUGCUUGGUGAAGGUGAUGGGUACCGUGUCCUCCAACAGACAGAGUGUGUCUCCUUUCUGACUGUGAAGCGUCAGAGUGGCAACAACAGGAAGUACACCUGCCAGCUUGUUGAUAAGCAGAAGAAUGUAAAGAUAGAGGCUGACUACCCACCUGACUUCAACGAUCCUAAUCAGAUCUACAUCAUCAUCGGGGGUGUGGUCGGGGUGGUGGUAGUGCUGGUCGUCAUCGCCGCUGUUCUCAUCAUACACAGGAAGAGAGCCAACGUGACAGAGGAUGUUCCGAAACCAACUCAACACCCUGGCGAGCCAGAGAGCAAUCUGACCUAUGUCACUGUAAACCAUGCUAAUCAGCAGGCCUCUUCUUACAAAAAGGUCAAAAAGGAGGAGGUGACGUAUUCUACAGUCAAAAGUCAGACGACAGAAGCAGACGAGGAUCCCAGCAGUCUCUACAGCAAUGUCCGAAACCCCAAAUAAAUCAGAGGAAAUGGGGCUUCUAACAAUGACCUGUUCAUAGAUCCUGCCGUCAGAGUGUUUUCUGUCUGUUAGGGAGUGGAAAGUUGGAUUUGUGCUUUGUUUUUUUUUCUAGUUUGUGUUGUACUGGCUUUGCUGAGCAUCUGGUAAGGAUCCCCCCUCCGGGCGUCUCAUUAGGGAGGUUUUUCAGGCUUGUCCAGCUGGUAAUAGGCCUGAGGAAGACCCAGGACUAGGUGGAGAGAUUAUAUGUCCAUCCAGGCCUGGGGAAACCUUGGGAUCCCCCAGUGUCCCGAUCUCCCAGACCCGAUAAACAGAUGGAUGGAUGGAUGGAUGGAUGAAUGGCUUUGCUUAGCAUUAACAUAAUUGUUGUAUUAUACUGCACACUGUUGGUCCCACUUGGUGUUUUUAUUACUUAGCUGGUUUAUGAUUUUUAAAAACAAAACCCAUUAAACAGAAUUG